AUGUCGAGAGUCUCAUAUGCUAGUGCAGUAGGUAGCUUGAUGUACGCUAUGGGUACACCUGAUGUGGGGAUUAGCUUCGGAAGUGAUACAGAGUGCUUGGUGUCUGGGUAUUCUGACUCGGACUAUGCUGGAGAUGUUGAAACGAGGAGGUCGAUGACUGGUUAUGUAUUCACUCUUGGGAGUUCUGUAGUGAGCUGGAAGGCAACUUUGCAGUCGGCGGUGACAUUGUCUACUACUGAGGCAGAGUAUAUGGCUUUGACAGAAGCUGCUAAGGAGCGAAUAUGGUUGAAGGGACUGGUUGGUGAUCUGGGUCUACAUCAUGAUCAGGCAGUGGUGUAUUGCGAAAGUUUGAGUGCAAUAUGCUUGGCCAAUGAUCAAGUCCACCAUGAGAGGACUAAGCACAUCGACGUGAGGUAUCAUUUCUUGAGGACAGAGAAGAGGAUUAAGGUGAAGAAGGUUGGCACCGUGGAUGAUCCUGUUGAUAUGUUCACGAAGCCGGUUCCACAUGGCAAGUUCCAACACUGCUUGGACUUGCUGAAUGUCUUGAGUGGGUGA